ACGCCCGCAGCAAGACAUUCCAACAGUCACCAGAAUGUCUUGCAGUUUUCAGGCGAGUUUCUCUCACUAAAAGCCUAUCGGCUUAAAUAUUCUUCACAUUAGUUGAUAGUUCAAUUCUAAGAACUAUUGAUACAUUGGUUGUUUAAUCCGAUUCCUAAUUUCAGGAAACAUCACCUUGUUGUUUUCCUACAUCAUGCAUGCGACUGGUGAGUCACUGGAGCAAAACGGGCAUAUUUUGUACUCCUUUAUGAGUAAUUGGGAAACAUUAAACUUAAAUGCUGCACACCCACUUUGAGGAUAAGAAAACCAGAUUUGCCAGCAGUGGAUUCUUAUCCAUUGGGUUCCAGAAGAGCAAUACCCACAAUGCGUCCCUGCGUAAACAUGAAGAAUACUGUGAACAGUAAUCUUUUUGCUUCUCUACCUUAUCUUAGACUACCGAAGUCCAGAAAACUCAAAAGAAACCAAAUUAUCAGAGCUCAAUUGGUAGGAUUGGAAGCAACGAGAAAGGUGAACAUACCAUUCAAACAGCGAGGAGGAGAUGCAACAGGGGAAAAUUACAUAAAACAGACCGACAGGAUUGUCAAAAUCACCUUUCCAGAUUCUUCAAGGAUUAAGUACUUGGGUGACAAUGUCUGGCAAGCUCGUCUGAAGCCUGUCACAUUUUUCACCCUUACAGCCAACUCCUCCUGUGAUGUCAAGUUUGAUGCAAGUAGAAUGAACAUGCAAAGGAAUGUGAAGAAGGUCAAGAAUUCAGGGCGUGGAAGCAACAUCAUCACAACUGCAAAGUAACUAGAAAGACUUAAAGAUCAACAUAAGGAUGGCAGUGAAUGCAAAUAACAUGAUCAGCAUGAUGAUACGCUAGCACAUUUUAAUUACAACACUUCAAGUCUCAGGCUCAUACAAGGCAGCUGAUGGGAUCAUCAAGUAUAGGCAUCACAAGGUAUACAUCAAAUGCAGCACUAAGGCAAAAUUUCAAAGCAAGGAGAUGAAGGGUGAAAAUGAUCAAGAAGAGAUAUGCCUCAUUCAUUUACAACCUUGUGAUGAGUUACAAAGAUCAAGAAAGUUGAGGUGGGGCCAAGUCAUCACUUAGCCAAUCAUAUAAUUCCAAGCUAAGGCGUCUAGGUGCAUUGUACCCGACUCAUCCAACAUGGAGAUAACUACCACAUGUGGGCACAGAGUUCGAUGCACCUACCCUCAUCAUCUGUUGGUCAAUUAUUCAAAGAAGGACAUGUGUCCCAUCAAAUGUAAUUUUAUCAUUGGUCAAGCAUGAAAUGCUUUGUAAUGGGUGUAACAAACCCUAAUUAGGGUUUCUAUCUUUCAAUCUUGGCCAUUGAUUGAAAUUUGAUCCUGGCCCUUCAUUGUAAUGAGAGAACUACAUAAGGCUCCACUCUUUCAUUUGUCAAGAUUAAUAGAUAAUAGUUAAUAGUGAGUAGUCAAUAGUUAAGAGUUAAAUAGCAGAUAGAAGUUAGAGUAGAGUAGGGAGAGAAGACAAAGAUUGUUGCCA